GUCACUAGAGCAAUCGCAGAUCUUGUGGCAGGUCCACGAACUUCGUCACCCAACGAGCGUCAGGGGGGCAACAGUUCAGGAAGCAUUCCUGUUCUUCAUUGGAUCCGGUUUAAACUGGGUGAAGUACCCUAUCGCGCCUAAAAAGCUGUCCGUCAACAGGCAGACAGACGGGCAGACCUACCGACAGACAGACGCUACCGCAGGGGCUGGCCUCCUCCCCCAUUUGGCUGAGGGCCUUUAGUCCUCGCGGGCUGCAUCACUUCUGUACUGAUGUGUACGAGGGGUACUCGUAGUUCUACUUUCGUGUGUACUCGUAGUGUACUCAUUUAUUCUCAUAUGUACUGAUACGUACUCACGUACACGUACACUCGCGUACUUAUGUGCGCAGGAAAACGCCUUUGGUGAAUAGCCUACGGGAUGAGUGGGAAGAGUAAAGUAAGUGCACAGGAAAAUGAUUCACCCCUCGUAUGACUCGCAAACACGGAACACGGUCUGCCGGAAGGUCUUUAUCAGCCCGGUCCCUGGAGGUCCUCGUCACCAAGAGAAACGAAUCCCGAGCAGAGCAAGCCGCAGCGCAGUCGAGAGCAGCCACGCGAACUGAACGGUAUACCACCCUGACACUGACACUGUCUCUGUCUACCCUACGGAGCGAGAUGCUGUGGACCCUGACACUAGUCGUCGCGCUGGCGCUGCUGCAGCCCCCAGUCGCGUCCGCGAACAAUCGUCUCGCUGACCUUAUGGAGAAUAUGGCGGAGUUAUCGAAGUGUGUUGAAGCUAAGCCUCGAUACCACGUAAAGACUGGAAAGCAGUGCAUCCAUAGAUUUUGCUCCAAAUUCAAACAAUGCACUAACAAGAAAUGGAGUGAGUGUUUGAGACUGUGUGGGACGAACAUGCAAUGCGUUCUGUCAUGCGCAACUUCAGCCUCCAAGGAGCAAUGUGGGCAAGACGAUGUGCCUUGCAAGGUGUCCGCCUUGAACGAAACCUUCGGCUGCUUUUGUGAUACAUUCACGGCUUCUCACGCUGUCGGGAAGAGCGGAUCGCCGCUCGCCCUCGCCGCCGUGGCUGUGUGGGUCCUUACGGCGACCGUCUGGUGACUGCGUCGGUGUACGCAUUUAACACGCGUGUGUUACUGUAUAACUGUUUGAGUGAAUAAACCACGCACCUGUGAUUCAGUGUGUCAAACGGAA